AUGGCCAUCAAACUCCACGGUUCCACGCUCUCCACCUGCACCCAGCGCGUCCUUCAAGUUCUUACUGAACUCGAUGUCCCCUACGAAUUCUCGGACGUGAACAUGGCGUUAGGGGAGCACAAGAACCCCGACUUCAUCGCCAACUUUCAACCCUUUGGCAAGGUCCCCGCCUUAGAGGAUGAUGGGCUGAAGCUCUUCGAAUCGAGAGCCAUCUGCAAAUACCUCAUUACCAAGUACGGCAAAGGCCACCAGCUCGAUAGCUCUCAGAUCGCGUCCAUCGCCGAUAUCGGCAUCUACGAGCAGGCUGCCAGCGUCGAAUACUCUUAUUUCGAGCCUGCCAUUUCGGGCUUGGGGUACGAGAACAUCUUCAAAAAGUUCAUGGGUCGCGGCGACGCAGAUCCCGCCGCCGUGCUGCAACUGCGUGCCUCGUUGGCGCAGGUUUUGGACUACUAUGAGAAGGUCUUAGCCACACGGCAGUAUCUCGCAGGAAACGAAUUCUCGCUGGUUGAUCUGUAUCACCUCCCGUGGAUGCCAUUCUUUGCGAAACUGGGCCUUGAGAGCGAGCUUACCUCUCGACCCAACUUUGAGGCGUGGUGGAAGAGGGCAUCAAGCCGUCCUUCGUGGCAAAAGAUCAGCCAGUAA